AUUAUCGAUGAUCAUUGCCCUUGUCCAGACGCCUAAAAAGCCUGCAAUAUACACGUAUAUUGCACUCACUGAGCAGCAUCGCUGCGGCAUUUGACGGCUUCACGAAAAGCGCUGUCGUUUUACAUCGAUACGGCACUGCAGGCCCAGCUGCCUGCUGCAAGGCGCUGACGCGCAGCCAUAAACGCAUCGCCAUACCUAACAGCUGUGACCUCACUGCAGAGGCGACAGCGACGCCGACGCGCAGCAAAAAAACGCAUCAUGGCCGCCCUGGACGAACCGCGUAUGGCGCACCUGCCCCUCGAGCCGCCGACGCGGUUCCUGCAAGCGAAUGAAGCCGUCGGAGAACGCGUCGCGUUGGCGAGCUACCCGCGGUCCGGCAAUUCAUUACUACGAAAGCUCGUGGAGCAGGCGACGGGCGUCAUCACGGGCGCCGACACAUUACCCGAGAGAACACUGUCGCAAGCGCUACAAAGGUGCGGCGCGCGGGGCGAGGGCGUUAUUGAUGAGCGCGUCUGGCUCGUGAAGACGCACUAUCCGGAGCGAAGGGGCUACGCCGAAAUUGGUGUGGACCGAGCCAUUUUGUUAGUGAGAAAUCCCUGGGACGCGAUCGACUCGUAUUUUAACAUGGCGUUGACCAAUGACCACGCGACGUCGCUGCGGGACGACCAGUAUCAGAGAUUUGAGGAUCUGUGGCGGGAGCUGACGGCGGCGGAGGCCGGCGUCUGGGCGCGGUUUAACCGGUGGUGGCUGCAGGCGCCCGUGCCUUUACUCGUGGUGCGCUACGAGGACCUCGUAAAUCACCGCCACCGCACGUUGAAGAGGGUGGCCUGGUUUUUGAGGGGGGAGCGCGAACUGGAAGGGACGCCUUGGUCUGAUAGAGUCGAGGCCGCAUCGAACCUGGACGAUGCAAAGGCUUCAUACUAUGUGCCGCGCGAACCCGGGAAGCUGCCGGGCGCUUCACUACGCCAUUUCGACGACGAGGCGAGACAAAAGGUGGCCGAGGCCGCCGGGAGUCUGUUGAAUGAUUUUGGCUACGGCGACCGCUUCCCGGCGGACACGACGGUGGCGCCGCGCGCCGUGCGCCGGCCCGUGCCUCCCGGUGACCCCGCGCGCCACGACGUCGUCGAGGGUAGACUCGUGCUGAACGGGGGCCGCGAGGUCCGGCCCACGUCGUCGAAGCACGGGCGCUACAUGACGACCUUCCGCAAGGCGCUGCGCGAGCCCGUGAUGGCGGCCGACGGGACGUGCCUGAACAUGCACGAGGUCGAGGCGGCGCGGGAGCGGUGGCGGCGGAAGGGCCGCUCGUGA